AUGGUCCUGUUUGUGUUGUGCUACGGCUCUUCUCUCUCUGGUGCCACAAGAGUAAUUUCCCCUUUAUUUACAGUCAAGCUCCAGCUUCAAGCCGAAGACCGAGGGGUUGUGUCCAUCAAGGGAUUGUGUGCAAACCGAUACCUGGCCAUGAAGGAGGACGGGAGGCUCCUGGCUUCUAAAUGUGUUACGGACGAGUGUUUCUUUUUUGAACGACUGGAAUCAAAUAACUACAAUACUUACCGGUCAAGGAAAUACUCCAGUUGGUAUGUGGCCCUGAAACGAACAGGGCAGUAUAAACUUGGAUCCAAAACAGGACCUGGGCAGAAAGCUAUACUUUUUCUUCCAAUGUCUGCUAAGAGCUGAUUUUAAUGGCAUAAUCUAAUCUCAUUUCACAAGAAAGAAGGAAGCAUAUUUUAG